AUGCUUCAGAGAAUCGGAAUCGGAAUCCUCAUUUCCAUUGUUUCAAUGGUGGUUGCAGCCGUUGUUGAGACAAAAAGACUCGAAACGGCUCGUGAGUAUGGAUUAUUAGAUGAUCCAAAUGCAACGAUUCCAAUGAAGAUAUGGUGGUUAUUGCCUCAAUACCUAUUGGCUGGAGCUGGUGAUGUUUUUGCCAUUGUGGGUAUGCAAGAAUUCUUCUAUGAACAAAUGCCAAGUGAUCUCAAGAGCAUGGGCUUAGCGCUUUACCUCAGUAUCAUAGGGAUUGGUAGCUUCUUAAGCAGCUUUCUGAUCUCCAUUGUUGGGAAGAUGACAGGUGGCGAUGGUGAAGAUGGUUGGAUAUGUGAUAACAUGAAUGGAGGGCAUAUUGAUUAUUUUUACUAUCUUCUUGCGGGAAUUAGUGUGGGGGUGUUUGUGAUGUCCAAACGAGAAUGCGUUGAUAAGCGUGCCACUGAAAUGGAUGACAACGCCACCACCAGCUAUUCCACCGGAGUCCACACUCCGCUGCUCAACAACUUUGUCGACGAAGCUGUUGACUACAGAGGUCGUCCAGCCGUCAGUUCUAAAUCCGGUUUAUGGCGAUCUGCAUAUUUUGUUAUUAGUAACGUUAACCAUUCGCCUCUCGAAAUCAAAAUCGUCGUGAAAGGGUUUUUUUAA